UCCGUGUGUUGAAGGGAACGAACCUAAAAAGUCAGUUGGCACCGAAGUCGGAAGUUGCUUCUCGAAGGGUUGAGAGAGACAUGAGCGUUCAAUUGAGAAAUGCGUUUUCAAUUUAUUUAUUUAUUCGUUUCAAAGAGGAAGUCUCCCCUUCUGACAUGGUCUUUUUCUUCUUCUUUUUUUUUUUUUCGGCUUCAUGACAUUUACAAUGUUUGAUUGUAAUCGCAUUUUUUUCAUUGUUUUUUGGGGGGCUUUUUGAAAUCGGUAUCAAUUGACGACUGGGUCGAUUGAGGAUGAAUCUGUAGUGGCAACCAUCGAGUCCGAUUUAUUGACGCAUAAGAUUCAACAAGCUCCAUCCACGUGCAACCAAAUAAAUAUUGAGCAUUUUGCCUCAACCUUGGACACUUUUCUUCACUAUUCUCACUGCCGCACUUGAAAUCAAUAAUGACAAAGAAAGGCCUCGUCAACUACAACCUUUACUUGGUUACUGAUUCCACUCCCGAGAUUCUCGGUGGUAGGGACAUCUGCCAAGUGGUCGAGGAGGCCAUCGAGGGCGGGGUCACAAUUGUGCAAUAUCGGGACAAGAAGAGCGACACGGCAGUCCUGAUUGAGGUCGCUCAGAAGCUGCAUCGUAUCACACGCAGGCACAAUGUUCCUCUGCUCAUCAACGACCGAGUCGACGUUGCCCUUGCCAUUGGCUGCGAGGGUGUCCAUCUUGGGCAGGAUGACAUGUGCUUGGUGACGGCCCGGAGACUGCUGGGACCGGAUGCUAUCAUCGGUAUCUCGGCGAGUACGCGGGAGGAAGCCCUGACGGCAUGCGCGGACGGCGCUGACUACUUGGGUAUCGGUGCCGUGUUUUCCACCAACACAAAAACAAACACAAAGCACAUCCUAGGCCCAGUCGGCAUCAAGCACCUCUUGGAGGUCAUGCACAAUGAAGGCUUUGGCCACGUGCAGACGGUUGCGAUAGGGGGAAUCAACGCGACCAAUGUACAAAGAGUCCUGUUCCAGUCCGCUACGCCUGGCAAGAAGGGUCUCGACGGGCUGGCUAUCGUCAGCGCCAUCAUGGCAGCGCCCAGUCCUCGAGAGGCCUCCAAAAACCUCCUACGGCUCAUCAAGGAGCCCUCUGCGGCACUCAAGAACACCAUGCAGGCGAGUGAGCCUGGCGAAAUUCUCGCCCUGGUGCCUGCCAUCAUCAAGGCCGUACACGAUUCCACCCCACUAUCCCACAACAUGACCAACCUGGUCGUGCAAAACUUCGCUGCCAACGUUGCGCUGGCCGUCGGCGCCUCGCCCAUCAUGGCAAACUAUGGUGAGGAGGCAGCCGACUUGGCCAAACUCGGUGGCGCCUUGGUCAUCAACAUGGGAACGGUCACGCCCGAAGGAAUAGAGAACUAUGUCAAGGCUCUGAGGGCGUACAAUGCCGCCGAGCGUCCAGUUGUUUUGGAUCCAGUGGGAGCCGGGGCAACGACUGUACGUCGAGAAGCAGUCAAGACCAUCCUCAGCGCUGGCCACGCGUCUGUAAUCAAGGGUAACGAAGGCGAGAUCGCCGCCGUUCUGGCGUCCACCACGCCCUUCUCCAACGGCGACACGGGACCCCAGCAGCGCGGCGUCGACAGCGUCUCCACUCUACCCGACGACGAAGCUCGAGCUCGCCUCGCCGCAAGGCUUGCCGCACAGCAACGCGGUUCCGUCGUCGUCAUGACGGGUCCUACAGACUUUGUAUCCGACGGAGAGCGCACCUUUGCCAUUGUGCAGCACGGCGACCCCAUCCUGGGCCGCGUCACCGGGACCGGCUGCUGCCUCGGCACCGUCAUCAGCGCUAUGCUCUGUCCCGGCGCCCCCGGAAGUACCGAUAAGCUCGUCGCCGUUGUGGCGGGGAUCCUGCUCUAUGAGAUCGCCGCCGAAGUUGCCGCCGGUCGCUGCCAGGGCCCGGGUUCGUUUGUGCCUGCAUUCAUUGACGCCCUGGAUGAGCUGAGGAGAGCCGCUGCGGGUGGCGACGUCAAGUGGAUGAGCCAUGCCAAAAUCAUCAAGAUGUCAAUAGAGUAGUAUGGCCCUGGUUUUCCUCCAUGGAUCACAUGAGCGACCAGCAGAAAGCUAGGCAAUCUUUGGGAAAGUCAGUGCCGUUGCUGAGGGAAUAAAUGUUUUGGCUAAUUUAAACCCUUCUAAACUGAUCCAUUCGAUGACCUCUUUGUCCAACUUGCUUGUGGGGGUGUAUGUAUAAAGGCAG